UAAUAAUCUAUAACUGAAGCGCCUUUCAAGACAAUCAUGUUUCGCAGGACUACAGUGCUUGGAAUGCUUCUGGCCUUCUUGGUGUGGCCAGAGAUUGCUAUAGCUGGCUCCAGUUUUUUAAGCCCUGAACAACCUAAGGCACAGCAGCGGAAGCCUCCCCCAAAACCUGCAUCAAAACUCCACCGCCGAGAUAUAGAAGCAGUUUUGGAUGUGGACAGGAUUGAAGGAGACACCAAUGAAAUACAAUUUAAGUUUACUGUUCCUUUUGAAAUCAGCAUGAAAGUCUCAGAAGAACAGUAUGACAAAUAUGGCCAACUGCUGGAGAAAUUUCUGGAGGACAUGCUUACUGAGGACACUAAAGAAAACCAAGAAAAAAAGUGAAAAUCAAGAUGCUAGCCUCACCACACUUUUACAAGUGAAAUUUCACAAGCCAAAUUAAACUGCUUCAAAUCUUGCUGUGUAGCCUAAUAAAUGUC